UUACCGGUUAAGAGCUGAGAAACUUUUCGGCUUUUUUCGUCCUUUGAGUGGAUGAAAAUUGGAUGAAAUGAAUUUGAUAACACUCUUUGUGUCGGCGACGAAACUCGCUGGAGUUUUAGUGACUGCUACAGUAGCAGCUAAUGCCUUCUCGUUUUCUCGUUACCGGAAAAAGUAUCUCCAGCGGUUUCGCUCUCCGAUUGACGAGUCUACUGAUAUUCUGGCGUCCUUCAAUAGUGAAGGUGAAGGGGAAGAUGAGUUCUUCUUUGGGUUGGCAACUGCACCAGCUCAUGUUGAAGACAGGCUUAAUGAUGCCUGGCUCCAGUUUGCAGCAGACGAACCUAGCGAUGCAUCAGAUCAGCAGGGCCUGCAACCUGCAGAUGCCAUAAUGGGUUCUGGUGAGGGUGAUGGUGGGUCUCAGCAAGCUCCAAUGUCAGGUACAGCAGUUAAUCAGACGGUGAAGAAAAAGAAGUCUCUCAAGAUAGCCAUGGAAGCUAUGAUUAGAGGGUUUGAGAAGUAUGUAGAAGUAGAAGAAGAAGUAACUGCACCGAAAGAAGAAUUGCAUCAUAAAGUUGCUGCAUGGCACAAUGUUCCACACCCCGAGGAGAGGCUACGAUUUUGGUCUGAUCCUGAUACAGAACUGAAGCUGGCCAAAGAUACUGGUAUAUCUGUGUUCCGUAUGGGAAUAGAUUGGGCAAGGAUCAUGCCUGAGGAGCCAGUCAAUGGCCUUAAGGAAACUGUUAAUUAUGCAGCACUGGAGCGUUAUAAGUGGAUCAUCAAUAGGGUUCGCUCCUAUGGAAUGAAGGUAAUGCUCACUCUAUUUCAUCACUCAUUGCCACCAUGGGCUGGUGAGUAUGGUGGUUGGAAACUGGAGAAAACUGUUGACUAUUUCAUGGAUUUUACCAGGCUUGUUGUUGAUAAUGUAUCAGAUAUGAUAGACUAUUGGGUAACCUUUAAUGAGCCACAUGUCUUCUGUAUGCUUACAUAUUGUGCUGGGACUUGGCCUGGUGGUAAUCCUGAUAUGCUGGAGGUUGCUACGUCUGCUCUGCCAACUGGUGUUUUUAAUCAGGCCAUGCAUUGGAUGGCCAUUGCACACUCCAAGGCGUAUGAUUAUAUCCAUGACAAAAGCACAUUAUCAAAGACAAAAGUUGGGGUGGCACACCAUGUAUCAUUUACACGACCAUAUGGUCUCUUCGAUAUUGCUGCAGUGACACUGUCUAAUUCUCUUACCCUCUUCCCAUAUUUGGAUAGUAUCUCUGAUAGGCUGGAUUUCAUAGGCAUUAAUUACUAUGGACAGGUUCUUAUUGAUUUCUCUUUCCAAGUACACUGUAACUGUCUUCAUCAUACAAAGGUACUAACACUUCCAUUUCAGGAAGUGAUAUCUGGUGCUGGCUUGAAGUUGGUAGAGACUGAUGAGUAUAGUGAAUCUGGGCGAGGUGUAUAUCCUGAUGGCCUUUACCGCAUGCUGAUUCAGUUCCAUGAAAGAUACAAGCAUCUAAAUGUACCAUUUAUCAUUUCGGAAAACGGGGUUGCUGAUGAGACCGAUAUCAUUCGUCGACCAUAUCUUAUAGAACAUCUACUUGCUAUUUAUGCAGCAAUGAUGACAGGUGUUCCUGUGCUUGGUUACCUGUUUUGGACUAUUUCAGAUAAUUGGGAGUGGGCUGAUGGUUAUGGUCCCAAGUUUGGUCUUGUUGCAGUUGAUCGUGCCAAUAAUCUUGCCCGGAUUCCUCGUCCUUCAUACCAUCUUUUUACCAAGGUUGUGACCACUGGUAAAGUCACACGUGGAGACCGAGCACGUGCAUGGAAUGAUCUCCGAGUUGCGGCUAAAGUGAAAAAAACACGACCUUUCUACAGGGCAGUAGACAAACGCGGUUUAAUGUAUGCAGGAGGCCUUGAUGAACCAAUGCAACGGCCUUUUGUUGAACGAGAUUGGCGGUUUGGCCACUAUGAGAUGGAAGGUCUGCAAGACCCAUUGAGCCGCUUAUCGAGACUCAUUCUGCUGCCAUUCUCCCUUAUAAGGAAAAGAAAACCACAGAAGGAUGAUGCUGAGUUGGUUCUUCAGUCCCUUGAAUUUAGCUAAUGAUCGUUUACCUGUUUCAUCAAACUCUUAAGCAAGUGCGGAAAUGAUUCAACUAAAAAUAUAUUUUGCACCAAAGAGUUGUUAAGAUUAGAAUGGGUAUUAGUUGGUGUGGAUGCUGCAGAACCGCGGGGCAGCAUUUUUGCAACUUAAUUGUAAUGUAAUCCGGCCGUGAUCUUAAAGUACUGUUACUACAGAUACAAAAUCACGUCGGUAUUUCGUGUGAACAGAUAUCAUGUAUAUUUAUUACAAGGUUAAAGCCGUGGCAAUAGAUUACUGUGUUAGUCUCUUCCGA